GAUCAACACAGAGUCCUGAAGGCAGUGUUUGUUGUAACCUGAAGCCGCUGUUGUAGGCUCUGCAGCUGAAGAUCCCAAAACGCGUUUCACGCGUGUUUUGACGCAUACAUCACACGAGUUUCAGCUAAAUUUGAACUGCCGUUUUGCUGACGGACGAGAAAAAGUAGCGCAUGCAUUAUCUGCAAAGCGCUUCCUGGUUAUUGUAGAAUACGCAGCUGUUUUAAACCAUCUGGGCGACGCGAGGGGCGUUAUUUCGGCAAACACUCCUUUUUUGGACUCGCGCGAAAAGCCCGGUCCGUGGGGUCUUCACGGUGCAUGCGUCUCAGUGCGUGAGCGUGCGGUGCACGGACAUCAUGGGUCAACGGCGCGGCUGGAUCCGGGCGCGCUGCCAAGACAGCGGGGUCGAUCCUGAGCGCGAGCGGCUCUGGGCCGAUCUCUUCGACCAGCUGGACCUGAACAAGGACGGACGGAUCGACGUGAACGAGCUGCGCAUCGGAUUUGCCGGUCGGGGGAUGUCGUCGAGCUCGGUGGAGGAGCAGGUUGUACGAGCUGGAGACACUAAUCAAGAUGGUCAGCUGGAUUUUGAGGAGUUCAUCGAGUUUCUGCGCUCGCAGGAGAAACGUCUCAAACUUAUGUUUCGUAGUUUGGACCGCAACAAUGACGGUGAAAUAGAUGUCGGGGAGAUCCAGCAGUCCUUACAUAAUCUUGGAGUAGACAUCACAUUAGAACAGGCUGCAAAAAUAUUGCAAAGUAUGGACAAAGAUCACUCCAUGACUGUCGACUGGGCGGAGUGGCGAGAUCAUUUUCUGUUUAAUCCUCUGCACAACAUGGAGGAGAUCGCACAAUACUGGAAACACUCUGUGAUGUUGGACAUCGGAGAGCAUUUAACUGUUCCAGAUGAGUUCACUGAGAAGGAGAAACAGUCGGGGUUUGUUUGGAGGCAGCUGAUGGCCGGAGCCGUGGCGGGAUCUGUUUCCAGAACGGGCACAGCACCGCUGGACAGGCUUAAGGUCUUUCUUCAGGUGCACGGGCAGACCUCUGAUAAAGGGAACGUAUGGAGUGGUCUUCGAGCGAUGGUGAAGGAGGGAGGUCUCACUGCGCUGUGGAGGGGAAACGGCAUUAAUGUGCUAAAAAUCGCUCCGGAAACGGCCAUCAAAUUUCUUGCGUAUGAACAGAUUAAGUGUUUAAUGCGAGGCAGUAAAGAAGGAGGAACUUUAAAGGUUCAGGAGAGAUUCCUCGCCGGAUCACUGGCUGGAGCCACAGCUCAAACUAUUAUAUAUCCUAUGGAGGUGCUGAAAACACGCCUCACCUUGCGUAAAACAGGACAAUAUUCGAGCGUUGCAGACUGUGCAAAGCAGAUCCUUCAGAAAGAGGGUGUUCGGGCCUUUUAUAAAGGGUAUCUUCCCAACAUCCUGGGCAUCAUCCCCUACGCAGGCAUAGACCUCGCAGUCUACGAGACACUGAAGAACGCCUGGUUACAGAGGCAUACGGCUACGUCAGCAGACCCCGGUGUUCUGGUGCUGGUGGGUUGUGGAACUGUUUCAAGUACCUGUGGACAGCUGGCAUCCUACCCGCUCGCCCUCAUCCGAACACGCAUGCAGGCUCAGGCGUCGGUGAAGGGUGGACCUCAGAUGUCCAUGUUGACCCUGUUCAGGAGUAUAAUAGCUCAGGAGGGCGUGGUGGGACUUUACAGAGGCAUCGCUCCGAACUUUCUCAAAGUCAUACCUGCCGUCAGCAUCUCCUACGUCGUCUACGAGCACAUGAGGAAAGUACUGGGAGUUGGGACCUGAGAGAGAGUAUACAGACAAAAAAUAACACCAAACCUAUUUUAUUCUGAAUUAAGAUGGACAAGAAAGGAUUGUAGGGGUUAUUUAUUUAAAUCUGAAUCAUAGCCUAUCAGAGGACUGACUUUACUGAGAGAUAUCUACUGAGGAUCUACUGUUGCACUGCUCGAGGAGGAGAAACCAAAUGUCGGAGCUUGAUAUUUAAAAGCGAAAUAUGCUGAAUCUGACAGGUGCUUUUCUGAAUCAUUCCUGAAUGAUGCAUUCUUUAUUUUGUGUUUGUUUUUUGUUGGUCAACAGGGCCCUGAUAUUCAGGUAUACAGGGUAUACAUCCAUGGAUGCGGUAAAAUAAGCGCUGUGUGUGGGAGAUUGUGUGAGCAUGUGUAUUGUGUGUGUUUAACAAACUACUGAACAAACCAAUGAUCUGUUUUUUAAAACAUUAAUAUUAGAGACUCAUUUGUUUUCAACCCCUUUGAAUUGACUGUGAUAGUGCCUCUUUCCAGAGAUACCUUUCCACCGAGUGCAUUAAAUAACCUGAUCAAUACCCCCCUAUACUAGUUAAUAAUAUGACGAUAACCCUCCAAAUCCAUCAAUACAAUGAAACAAGCCCACACUGUAAAAUCUGAUAUGUACGAAUUUGCAUAUUUUAGUCAGUGUGAGAUAAAAUCAACCAAGCAUGAGAAGAACAAUUGUUUAUGUAAAUCAUUUGCAAAAACACUUUUUUGAUUUGUUUGUUUACACAAAUAUAUACAGAAGUUAUUUCUGUCUGUGUCUUAUACACUUCCCUAAAGGAUUAUUAGGAACACCAUACUAAUACUGUGUUUGACCCCCUCUCGCCUUCAGAACUGCAUUAAUUCUAUGUGGCAUUGAUUCAACAAGGUGCUGAAAGCAUUCUUUAGAAAUGUUGGCCCAUAUUGAAAGGAUAGCAUCUUGCAAUUAAUGGAGAUUUGUGGGAUGCACAUCCAGGGCACGAAGCUCCCGUUCCCCCACAUCCCAAAGAUGCUCUAUUGGGUUGAGAUCUGGUGACUGUGGGGGCCAUUUUAGUACAGUGAACUCAUUGUCAUGUUCAAGAAACCAAUUUGAAAUGAUUCGAGCUUUGUGACAUGGUGCAUUAUCUUGCUGGAAGUAGCCAUCAGAGGAUGAGUACAUGGUGGUCAUAAAGGAAUGGACAUGGUCAGAAACAAUGCUCAGGUAGGCCGUGGCAUUUAAACGAUGCCCAAUUGGCACUAAGGGGCCUAAAGUGUGCCAAGGACACCAUUACACCAUUGCAUUAAUGAGAAAUUUAACAGGUGUUCCUAAUAAUCCUUUAGGUGAGUGUACAUAUAGCAAUAGUAUGUCAGAUGGGGACAUUGGUGUAUUAUUAAAGUGUGCAUCCAUGCAUGCUUUUUGGCGAAUAUUUUUCCCACGAUCACCUGCACUAUGAAAAAGUUUAUGAGCGUUCUCUCUGGACUAUUUCAGGUGAAGAAAGGUGUUGAGAGAAAACAGUUUUAUUUAAUGUAUGUCAUUUUGAAUUAAGCUAUAUACUAACAGUGAUAUACGAAUGCAAUGAGUGUGUAACAAAUGGGUGUGUGUUACUAAGAUACUAAUGUAUGACCUAAUAGUAGUGUACUGUCUCUUUAAAUACUUAAAAGUAUGUGCUUACCAUCACUAGCAAAGUACAUACUUUUAGUGCAAAGAAUUUUAUAGUGUUUAAAAUGGGGACGCAGCCCUGAAGUUGUUUUUACAUACUGUUUCCCUCAAGACUAUUUUGAGCAAUUGGGAGAUGGGACAAUGUACUGUCAACUUUAUCACCUCAACAAAAUGUUCAGAUAAUCUAUUUAGAUCUGUUACAUUACAAGAAGGUCGGUCAUUUCAGGAAAAAUGUUAAUUAUAUAACUUCCAUAAAAUCUCUUGAUGAGUUUUUUUCUAUUGAUAGAGAAAGUGUUGAAUGGCAAACAUAAUUAUUUUUUAUUUUUCAAAAGCUUUGAGUUUACUUUAGAGUUGUUUCAGGUGAUACUACAGUAUUUGACAUGCCCCCGAGUGCAUGAUGAUGUCAUUGAUUUUUCUGGACUGUUUUUCUGAUCUUGUAUUUCAUGCUGCAGAAUUGCACAACAUUGUUGAAAUGUUUUAAACAUCCGGGCCUGCUCAGUUGGUUCUGUAUACAGACAUGAAUGGUUUUAUGUAAACAAAAACAAAACUGUAUUGAAAUGAUUUCUGCUGUCAGUGUACUUGCAAACUACAAUCUUAUAUUGAAUGCAUGCCAAAAGAAUGUAUGUAGAUUAAAUUAUUAAACUGUAUUUUGCCUAUGUUGGCUGAAAAAAUA